CCGCAGCUUCUUGGUUCCGGGAUCGCUAGAGGCUUAUAGGGCCUUCCCUGCCUGUCGCGAAGGUGCCUCAGAGCGAGUGGGAGGAGGCCGCUUUGGCUGAACUUUGUCCCCGCAGCGGGCGGGAAGCAGAGGCGUUCUCGACAGCUGAGGGCUCCAGCGACCUUUUAUACCAGCGGCAUGGCAGUCCCAGGUUGCAACAAGGACAGUGUCAGAGCAGGCUGUAAAAAAUGUGGUUACCCUGGUCACCUGACUUUUGAAUGCCGCAAUUUUCUCCGAGUAGACCCUAAAAGGGACAUCGUUUUGGAUGUCAGCAGUACAAGCAGUGAAGACAGUGAUGAAGAGAAUGAAGAGCUAAAUAAGUUGCAGGCAUUACAGGAAAAAAGAAUAAAUGAAGAAGAGGAGAAGAAAAGAGAAAAAAACAAAGAGAAAAUCAAAUUGAAAAAAAAAAGGAAAAGGUCUCAUUCAUCUACUUCUGAUGAAGAGGACACUUCAAAACAGAAGAAACAAAAAUAUCAGAAGAAAGAAAAGAAGAAAGAAAAAAAGAAUAAAUCAAAAAAAGGGAAACAUCACAAAAAGGAGAAAAAGAAGAGAAAAAAGGAAAAGCAUUCUUCGACUCCGAAUAGUUCUGAAUUCUCCAAAAAGUGACUUGAGACUUUGGCCUACAAAUUAAAUUUAAAAUUUUGUUCUUCAAAAUUACUUGUCCUUCCUUAGAAUUUGCUAUCUAUUUAUGCUUUGUAGUAAAUCACGGCCUUCCCCAUAUAGAUAGUUUUCAUAUAUGGGAUGAUUAUCUUCCUGACAGUAUGUUUUUCAAGUACUAUGACUAUAAAGUGUUAAACCAGUCUUGAUACUUGAUAACCAUGCCAUAAGCAUAGGUAUUUAUACAUACAAAACAUCACUUUUGGUAUUUGUGUCUCCAUGUGUUUGACUAGUGUUAUUACAUCUUAAGUCGAUUGUGAAAUGGCUUUAUUACAGUCAGCACAGGUAAUCCACCUGGCAGUUAAUGAAUCAAGUGUCCAUCUUCCAGUGAAAAAGCUAGGUAGGGGUUAAUGCUUUGCUCUUGAUGCUGAAAAUAUUUAAUAGCUUUAUAUGCUAUAAUGUAAUGUACAAAGAAUGAAAUCCUUCACUGCUGUUUUUAAAUCUCUAGGCUUUUUUGGUUUUGAUUAGGACUUUUUAAAUGAUCAGUGUGGGCAAGAAGAUGAUAAUGAAAACUUUUACAACAAAAUUUUUGUUCUUUUAUGAAAUGCAGUUUCUAUUUUGUGCCUCCUUUGUUUUGUAACAAUUAAGAUCUUCCUUCCUAUUUAAAGAAACUAGUCUAGUCCAGCCCACUAGUAAGUCUCACAGAGCCAAUGUGUGUUAGUCAGGAUUUUUCAGGUAGACUCCUGGGUUAUUUUACCAGUGUGCCAUAUUGGCAUGAUACCUCAAACACAGAAAUCUUUACUUAGUAAGAAAACUAAAUCUUCAUUACAACUGAUUUUUAUUGUAUGUAAUAUGUAAACUUUAUUAGUCUUGUUUCUAUGAAUAAUGUGGAAAAUGUUUAUAAAUGUGAGCAUAUAUGUUUAUUUUGUCUGAAAUAAUUUGUAGUUUUGAAGCAAAUUUCACACUGAGGAUGUUUCCCUCUGUUACUUCAGUGAUAAAUCUCAGUAGCAGCAACAAAGAUUUUUCAUUAAAAUUUUUAUUCUAUACUUUUUAAAAUUCAAGAGCCAUGGAGUUUUAUCAUGAAAGCCUUUAUAUAACAAUGGGAAUUUAUAUGGGUAAGCAUUUUGAAACACCUACUAGUAGAUAUAAAUGAUUCUUAAAUUUUUAAUUUGACAAUGAUCAGUGUCACUUAUUUUGCUUAUUAAUUGGUUAUCCCUUAUGCCCAGGAAGUUAAAUACUUACCAUGUUGUAGCAGCAUCAACAGUCUACCAAUUUUCAUGGCACAGCACCAAAGAUUGCAAAUACCUCGUUGUAACACACUUAGACAUUUUAAAAUCAUUAACCCUUAGACAUGGCUACAGGUGAAUUUUUGAUGUGAAAUCAGGUAAGUACACUUAACCUCGCUGGCUGGAAGGUUUACAGAUUCUUUCUUCACCUGGCAUACCCUCUGUCAAAUUUGGGAGGCUUCAUCAUUUCUCUUAACAUACGUUUACCUAUGUGAGAACUUCAUCUUUGUUUCUUUUCUAGCACUGCAACCAUUGAAGUUCUCAUACUCCCAGCUUUUCUGUAAUCUAAUGUAGUAAUUUGGCCUACUCAAAAAGAAAUUAUUUUGUUUAAAUAGUUGUCAGGUAUUGGGAGAGAAACACAGAGUAUUGGAUUUGGAAGGGUUUGUCUUGGUUUUGCUACUAAUAUUAUGAAAAUGCAGUUAUCAAGAUUGAAAAAAUAAGUUUAAAAAGCUUUUAUAAAAAUGAUUACAAAAUGCUACAUACAGAAGGAUGGCUUCAUCUCAUUGAGUGUGUAAAGUGGUUUAAAAUGAUAGCAAUUGUGAAACAAUCCAAUUAUUUGUAAGUUUUUACAGUUGUUAAUUAUAAAAGUUACAAGUUGGCUCAUUUGGUUUGUUUUCUGAAUGCUGAUACAAUAAUGAUCCUGAAGUUAUAUAAAAGCCCUCAUUAACUAACAAAAUAUACAAAGUACAAGAUUUCAGUGCUCAGGGCUGGUGCUGUGGUACAGCAGGUAAAAGCCCCAUCCUGCAGAUCCGGCAUCCCAUAUGGGCACUGUUUGAUUCCUGGCUGCUUCAUUUCCAAUCCAGUUCUCUGCUAUGGCCUGGGAUAACAGUAGAAGAUAGCCUAAGUCCUUGGGCCCCUGCACCCAUGUGGGAGACCCAGAAGAAGCUCCUGGCUCCU